UUUAUUUACGCUUGUGGAGUCACACAACAACAAAACGUUGCUGAUGAUUGUGGUGUAAUAUUUGCGAUUAACGCCCACAAUUGACGUUAUGGUGUUUUGAAAAUAAUUUGAAUUAUUUCAUAAUCUUCAAAUCCUUGGUCAAGCCUUAAAUUUCCUGUUCAUAAUAUUGUAUCGACAGGCACCCUGGCUCUGUCGAACUCCUUUCUUCGCGUCACCUACAGAGCGUUUAUUCAACCUUUUUUUGCUGAACACACGCCUUUGUGUUUGCGUAAAUUCUCUAAGACCACAAUGAGCAAGAGAAAAGAUGCCUCUUCUGACAAUCCUAAUAAGGAAUUUUGCGACUUUUUAAUGGAACUGGCAAACUAUGAGAAGAAUGUGAACAGACAGAUGCACAAGUACAAUGUGUACCGUAAGGCUGCAGGGGUGCUGGCCAAACAUCCAACCAAGAUCAAGAGUGGAACAGAAGCUAAAGCAUUGGAUGGAAUAGGACUUCAAAUAGGAAAGAAAAUAGAUGAAUUCAUUCAAACUGGACAACUACAAAAACUUGAAAAGAUUCGAGCAAGUGAUACUAACGUUGCUAUCAAUGAACUUGUGAAGGUCACCGGCAUUGGCCCAGCUGCAGCGCAGAAGUUUGUUCAGGAUGGGAUCUGUACCAUUGAAGAGUUGAGAAAGCAUACAGACAGACUGAAUCAUCAUCAGCAGAUUGGCCUCAAACAUUUUGACGAUUUUGAGAAAAGAAUUCCCAGAGAAGAAAUGCUGGGGUUGCAGGAGAUAGCGUACAAUGGUAUAGCAGAAGUGGACAAGGAGUAUACAGCCCAGGUCUGUGGAAGCUUCAGGAGAGGAGCGAAAACCAGCGGGGAUAUUGAUAUCCUUCUCACCCAUCCCACAUUCACUUCCACUUCAAAGAAGAAUCCAGACAUUUUGAAGAGGGUCGUUACAAAGCUGGAGGAGAUCUCAUUUGUGACGGACCGCCUCUCUCUCGGAGACUCCAAGUUCAUGGGUGUAUGUAAAUUAGAGGACACGGACACAGUGAAGCAUGAUUAUCGGCGUAUUGACAUCCGGCUGAUUCCCAAAGACCAGUACUACUGUGCUCUUCUCUACUUCACUGGCAGCGACAUAUUUAACAAGGACAUGCGGGGCCAAGCCCUUGACAAGGGAUUCACACUCAAUGAAUACUCAAUUCGACCUGUUGGCAGCACAGGUGUGCCGGGGGAGCCCCUGCCAGUCACUUGUGAGGAGGAUAUCUUUGACUACCUCGACAUGCCAUUCAAGAAACCAUCAGAGAGAAACCUCUAAGUCUAAGUCUAAGACUUAUAUGUUUACACAGGUUCCACAUGUGACAACAUUGAUAUCCCCUUCAAGAAACAUUUUGAAAGAAACAUUUGAGUGUUAAAAGUCCCAUCAGCAUUUAGCCAUAAACAUUUGGAUCAAAUGCAUUCGCAUGAGGGAACGUGAAAUAGGCUGACUUAUUUUGAAUAAAAUUUAAUGUAGGAUUGUUUUGCAAUGAAAUCUGAUUACCAGUAAUAGAGAUGUAAAUAUAAAAAAAACAGACUGAAUCCUGGUUUGGUAUUUGUGCACUUUGUAGUUGUUGUGUUUUUAGAUGAAUUCUUUAAACAGAUGAUAAUGUUUUGCAAUAGAAGAGUCAUUGUUUGGUGCUUUUGAAUUUAUCAAACAAAAGCAAAGGAAGAAAAUGAUACAGGGCUUUUUCACCAUCUUUACCAGAGGUUGGAUUUGGGUUACUUCCAAAAAUAAUAAUUCCCAAUUAUUUUAAAUCCUGGAAUCAUUGUAUGUACAAAUGUUACAGUUUUGUAAUUGUACUUAAAUAUAUGAGCUUGAAGUGUAUGCAUCAAUUUUUCAAAAUUUUAAUGAAUACUAGUACAUGUUAAACUUUCUUAAAUGAAAAGGCCAGUGCAUUUCAAAAUUUUCUCUGAAAAAGCCUUGUGAAACCAUCCGUCUUCAAUUACUACGUAACAUGUAGUUGGAAGUCUGUCAUGCAUGCUCAUAACUUUCUGAUUCUGAAUUUGGUAUUUAAUGUAGAAUUUGAUAUUCUUUUUUAGCUCUACUAUUUGAAGAGUAAGGAGGCUAUAUUACUCGCAUGGGUGUCCAGUUAAAGUUUUAGGGCAAGUUGGCUUUUUAACUUUUAACUCUAAUACCCUACAUUCAAUUCACUUAAUAGUUCACACAGUUGCUCAGGAUCCUCACACAAUGAUGAUACAUAGCUCCAUAUUCUCAAGGUCACUGUUUCUUAAAUUAGAAAAUCGGUUGAACUGAAUAACUUAAGUUACGGUUGACAAAUCUUGACCAAACUUCAUAUAUAGGAAGUCUUUAGGGAUAUAUUUCAUGGGAUUGUGUUGAGGGCCCCUAGAGUAAAGAGCAAGGUCUCUGUUACUAAAAAAAGAAACAUGGUCAAUACUGAUUUUUUAGCUCUACUGGCCAAAAGCCAGAAGAGCUUAUGCGAUGGUAAUGUGUACGUAGUAUGUGCAUCUGUGCGUCCGUGCGGUCGUGCGUUCGUGCGUCUGUAAACAAUUGCUUGUGAACAUGAUAAAGUCUUCAGUUUUGAUUGUAUCUCGAUGAAACUUGUACAGUAUCUAGAUAUCCAUUAGAGCUCGGUUCCUUUUGAAAACCAGAUCCGCCCAUAAAUGCCUAGAUUAUGGGCCAUGAAAGUUUUAAAGAAAUGCUUUCUAUUUUUAGCCAGGUCUGCAUGAGUGAAUUCUAUUUUUAGUCAAGUUUACAUGUACAUGUAAAUUCAAGUCUAGAGUUAAGGGAGACAAUUUGCAAGUCUAGGAUUUUGAGAGACAAUUUGCUUUUUAUGCCCCCACAAAGUGGCGGCAUAUAGGGUUGCCCUUGUCCGUACGUACGUACGUACCGAAGAUUGUUUCCGAUCUAAUUCUUGAAAACCGUUUGUCCAAUCCUCACCAAACUUUAAACACAUGUUUGUGACCAUAAUAUCUUGAUCAAGUUCGAUAGUCAUGGAAAUCGCUUUAGUCAUUUAGGAGUUACGGCCCUUUUUUGCCAAAAAUUUCCGAAGAUUGUUUCCGAUCUAAUUCUUGAAAACCGUUUGUCCAAUCCUCACCAAACUUUAAACACAUGUUUGUGACCAUAAUAUCUUGAUCAAGUUCGAUAGUCAUGGAAAUUGCUUUAGUCAUUUAGGAGUUACGGCCCUUUUUUGCCAAAAAUACUUCAAAAAUAUAUGUUUCCAAUCUAAUUCUUGAAAAGUAUGUGUCCAAUCCUCACCAAACUUUACAUACAUGAUUGUGACCAUAAUAUCUUGAUCAAGUUUGAUAGCCAUGGAAAUCGCUUUUGUCAUUUAGGAGUUACGGCCCUUUAUUUGCAAAAAAAGACUUGAAAAAUACGUCCCGAAGAUUGUUUCCGAUCUAAUUCUUGAAAACUGUUUGUCCAAUCCUCACCAAACUUUUAACACAUGUUUGUGACCAUAAUAUCUUGAUCAAGUUCGAUAGCCAUGGAAAUCGCUUUAAUCAUUUAGGAGUUAGGGCCCUCAGAUUAUCCUGAAUAAUCAUUAUGGCUUAUUUUCUGUGACAAAAAAUCGAAGUGGGGGCAUCCGUGUCCUAUGGACACAUUUCUAGUUGCUUCUGCAGUUGAUUUUGUGAAUUACUCUGCCUUGUUCUUGUUGAAAGCCCAAAGGCCAUUUUUUAGCUUGAAGUUAAGUUUUGCGCAUUCAUCUUAACAAAAUUGGUUGUGAAUGUUUAAGUUAUGCACCUGGUGUCAUUACUGGCCACACCCAGGGUUCACAGGUUUGGUAAACAUAAAUCUGGAAAGGUUUGAAAAUCUUUUUGUGUGUUCAUGCAUCCAUCUUAGCACAAUUGAUUGUGAAUGUUUGUUCAAAUUGAUCAAUGUUGUCCUAGGAUGCCCUUGACUUUGACCUUUUGACCAACUUUUUUUAACUUUUAAAACUACAGAAAUUUUUAUUAUGAGUACAGUUUUGAAAGCAUUUUUUUUUGUCAGAUGACUUUUACUUGGCACAUAUUAAAAUAGUUCAUGCAAUUAAUCUGCUUACAAUACUUUCUGGGCUCAGAUGUUGAACGUGCUACGUUUUCAGGUAACCCAAACACAAAACAUGAAGUAUAUGUCUGUUGCCUUUUACCCAUACAUACAUGCUCUGGAUUGAUAUGACCACAAAAGCCAUGCCAGUAGAGCAUAGGCCCUUUUGGGCCUCUUGUUUUUAGUUAGGGUGGACAUAUCUUUACUAAACUUUCAUUCAGGGUUUCCGCCAGGCCUUUAUGGCUUGUCGGGCCCGACGUGCCUUCCGCUAGCAAGGCUAAUUACCGACACGCGUUAAUUAUGCCGACAUGCUUUAAUCCGCGCAGCGACAAUCCUUAUCAAAACAAUCAUCAGUUUUGACAAUACACAAUUUCGCUGCGAUUGCAACGGUUGCAACGGUUGACAGACAGCCAGAAGGCGUGUCGGGACUAUUACGGCAUUUGUAUCAGCCAUUCAGGAUCGACGACAGCAUGAAGGCGUGUCGGUGAGGAUCGACGGUGCAAUUAACCAAACUCCUCCUAUUCUUUAUCAAAAUGAGAAUGUGUGAAAAACACCACUGCCGUAAUUGCGAUCUUCAUCUCUAUAAUCACCUAUGAAUGCAUUUAGUAAACAAUAAGUGUUAAUUGAUUUUGGUAACAUAAAUUAUGUGUCGUUUUAUUUUUGUCCGUUUGUUAAUUGUUCUUUUGUUUACCAAUUAUUAAAUUGUAAUUGAAAACCGUGUUAAGAUAUCUGUGUUAACACUGGUUAUAUGCUAUGUCGCCGUAUGUAAUUGAGUCGCGUUCCCGUCUUUAGUUUUGUGUAAUGUUAUAUUUUGUGUUGCUUAUUAUUAAACUUUGAUUAUUUUAUCGUUCUUUUAUUUUUUUUGAAAAAAAGAUAAAUUAAUAUGAAAAUAAUCAUUACAUUCCCUUUUAGUUAUUAUUUAGCCGACCCGGCUUUAAAUUUUUUAGCUGUUGCAGCUUUAAAUACACCCACGAGCAGUCGCUUUGCUCUGGGCUCUUGUGUCCAGCAUGCAGAAAGCGUGUUUUACGCAUUUUGCUGUGACGUCAACGGUGUCAAUAUAAAUAAUACCCGCACUAAACGAAACAUGAGUCGAUCAAUACGGUUUACGAUCAAUACCGUCGAUAUUGUAUUGUCGGAAUACUUGAGAAAUACCAAUAAUAAAUGAAGAGUAACAAUUAAACCUUUUCGCAAAUAUUUUUAAUGAAAAUCGGACUUGAGUUGUUAAUUCUAAAUCAUAGGAACAUAACGGUAAACGUGUUUAAAAUGCAGGAAAUUGCACCAUUUUGAUUACGAAAAUUAAAAAAAAUCGACGUUGGGCGGGGACACCCCUCCCAAACCCUCCCCUCCCGACAUGCCAUAAGCAUUUCCUGGCGGAAACCCUGCUUUCAUUGCAUUGUGGGUCCUUGGGGUCAAGGUCACUCUUGCUAUAAAUAGGAAAACAGUUGAAACCCAAUAACUUUAGUUAGGGUUGACUUAUCUUAACUGAACUUUAAAGAGUUAAUAGGGACCCGAACCUAUCAUUGGAUUUGAUUUGUUUGGGGCCCCUGGGGUCAAGGUCUAGGUCACUGUAAAUAAAAAAAGAUAAACGGUUGAAACUGAAUCUUACAAUGAAGGCUGAAGUUUCUGUAAAUAAUUAAAAACCUUGUUUGGUCGUGGUGCGGCAUUUCAUGUUAACGUUUACAUUUGACUUUUUUUAUUGCUUUUGACAGGCACAUAUAACAUCAUUAUUGUAUUCGUUUCUAAGACCAAGCGGUGAAUAAUCUUUCGACAGCUCUUGCUUCAUAUUCAUUUUGUUAACAUUGUUAAGAACUGUUAUGGUUUAAUUCGUAUUGGUAUGUGAAGUAAAUAUUUUAUUCUAAGUGUCUUGUAUUAAUUUAAUGUAUGUUGUGAAGCUCAUUUACAUGUUUGUUUGAUUGAUGAUCAAUGUAUUGUUGUAUUUGUCUGUUGUUUAAUUUGCUACUAGUUCUUCAUGGUUGUGUAAUGCCAUUUAAAUACAUGUAAAUGUUACACAUUGAUAAUAAUACUUUGAAUAACUAAAUUAAUUACAUUGUACUUGUACCAAAUUUAGACAGAGAGGAGUAGCAACUAAAUCCAUUGUAUAUGGUUUAAUGCAGAUGUACAAUUGCACUUGUUUAUUUGUUUUAGGCAAUUAGCAUGAUUACUGCACAUUGCAUACAUUCUAGCAUGUAGAAAUAAAGAUUGUACAUAUUGA